UGGCUUUAUCAGCGAACCCAGGCUGCCGCAACCCCAGAGAUACCGAAGUGGGCCACUCGCCGCACGGAAUCGCAGCUUCCUCUUGCGUCAACCGUGCGACCUCCCAAAACUGGCAGCGAACCCAUGCUUAGCGCUGCAAAAUCCUCACCUCCUCGCUCGGAGGGAACACGGUCGAGCUCCAUCGCGGAUGGGAUCUUGAUCGGAACUAAAAGGCCAAAUGGCCCCCUCCUCCCAAGGCACCGCCGGGCUUUCUGAAGCUGAAGAUCAGACCGCCCUCCCCACCCCCCAAUCGCCCGCCAUGACCGCUGCCGACGACAUCAACGAAGCCGACCUCGAGGCGGCCUUUUCAACCACGGCAUCCACCCACGCCAUCCUCAAGCCUCCGGCCAAAACCAGCACCACCGCCAUCCCCACCAUCCACCCCAACCCCAAUUCCUCACCCAACCCCGAAAAUGGCCCCGAAGAAGAAAACACCGACCUCCCCACCUCGCUCGAGUCCCGCGCGCUGCACCGCGGCCUGGCCCAGCGCCACCUCUCCAUGCUGGGCAUCGCCGGCUCCAUCGGCACGGGGCUGUUCCUGGGGCUGGGCGGCGCGGUGCAGGACGGGGGGCCGCUGGGCGCGCUGCUCGGCUACGCCGUCAUCAGCCUGGUCGUCUGCGCCGUGCAGUUCGCCCUCGGCGAGGUCGCCGCGCUCAUGCCCGUCACCGGCUCCUUCGUGCGCCACGCCGAGACCCUCGUCGACCCGGCUUGGGGCUUCGCCGUCGGCUGGAAUUUGGUGUACGGGAACUUGCUGAGCAUCCCGAGCGAGGCGACCGCCGUCGUGGUGCUCGUGAGGUUCUGGUGGGAGGAUGUGCAGGCCGCCUGGGUGCUCGUGGUGUUUAUAGUCUUGACGGUCGGGGUGGGCAUGGCGUUUGUGCGGGUGUUUGGGGAGGUCGAGUUCGUGUUUGCGGCGGUCAAGAUUGCCUUGGUGGUGUUUUUGAUCCUGCUGGGCCUGGUGAUCAACCUUGGCGGGGUGCCCGGCACGGAGAGGAUCGGGUUUCGGUACUGGCGGGACCCGGGACCGUUUGUCGAGUACAUCGCAACGGGGAGGUGGGGGGAGUUUCUGGGCUUCUGGGCGGUCAUGACGGGGGCCGUGUUCUCGUUCGCGGGCGUCGAAUCGCUGGCCAUGGCGGCGGCGGAGACGCAGAACCCGCGCGAGGCGAUCCCCCGAGCCUGCAAGCGCGUCUUUGCGCGCGUCGUCAUCUUCUAUUUGCUGGCCGUGCUGGUGGUCGGCAUGCUCGUCCCGAGCAACGACCCGCGGCUGGACGGGUCCGGCAGCUCGGUGGCGCAGAGUCCGUUCGUCAUUGCCGCUUCGCAGGCGGGGAUAUCCGCCAUCCCGUCCGUGGUCAACGCCGUCGUCAUCACCUCGGCGUGGUCGGCGUCCAAUCAGGCUCUGCUGGCCGGCACGCGAGUGCUGUACGGGCUGGCGCUUAAGGGGCAGGCCCCCAAGAUCUUUCUGAGGACGACGAGCUGGGGCACGCCAUAUGUGUGUGUCCUGCUGUUUACCGCGUUCAUGUUUCUGAGCUUCAUGAGCCUCUCGGAGGCCGCCAUCACGGUGUUCUGGUGGCUGGUGUCGCUGACGGCCGCCGGAGUGCUCGUCUCGUGGUCGUCGAUCCUGCUGAACCAUAUUCGGUUGCUGCAGGCGAUGAAACGGCAAGGGCUUGACGUCAGCAGGCUGCCGUGGCAUAACGGAUGGACCAAAUACUCGUCCUGGGCUGGAUUUUGCAUGUGCAUCAUCAUUCUCCUGACCAGCGGCUUCAGCGUGUUUACCACAGGCAACUGGGACGCAGCGACGUUUGUCUCGGCAUACCUGGACAUUCCCAUCAUGAUUACAGCGUACCUAUUCUGGAAGUUCUUCCGCAAGACCAAGAUCGUGUCUCUGGACAAGAUCCCGCUAGAGGAGGCCUUGGCACGGGCAGAGGAAUACUACCCAGAGCCGGCCGAGAGCAAAAAGAGAGGUUGGAUACGGGCGAUAAGCUGGAUAUGGGAUUGAUAGAACUUAUUACCUAUAUUAGAAUCCGCCGCAAAGAGACACGGCAGAUUUACAACUCCAACUCCCUCCCCCAUCCCAACCGCUUCCACUCAGUCAUCCUCCCCCUCGCCCAUCAACAGAUUCCCCUCCACCGCAUUGGCAAACACCUCCCCCGACGCCCCUCCCAGAUGCGUCGAGUGCGCCCACGGCUUGAGCCUCACCUCCUCCCUCACCGUCGCCGCAAAGCACCGCCCCCACCCGUCCCGCGGAAAUGCCCGGUUCACGUCCGCCCUCGUCGCCUCGUGCACCAGGUACGGCCGCGCGCCGACGUU